AAGAUGCUAGUAGAAAACAGUUGAGAAUUUGAUGAAAAUUUCAAUUUUUUGUAAUUUAACAGGAAUUAUUUGUAAUGAAUAUUAAAACUUGAGGGAUAAAGUACAAAAUUAAGAAGCAUCGGGUUCUAUUUCGAAACAAAUAGAAAUAUUGGGGGCUGGGGGGCCAAACGAACUUUCCGGAAAUCCUUUUGCAAAACGGGAAAAGGCUCUGGCUUCUCAUGUAAUUCCACGGCAGAAAAAUCAAAUACGUGUGCUAGGGUUUGUAUACGCCACCCACACGGCCACACGAUAGUAUCCAAAAUCUCUGGGAUCGGGUGUCAGACAAACGUUCUCAUACGAGAGAGAGAGAGAGAGAGAGAGAGAGAGAGAGAGAGAGAAAUGGGGUCUAGAGACAAGGACCAAGUGACCUCGAAUCACCAGCCACUCCUUAGCAGCCUCGUUGUGCGGCCUUCGGCCAGCGACGGAGCUGAUGGUGGUGGAGGAGGAGCAGGUGGCCGUGGCGGUGGUAGCGAUUACGAGCCUGGAGAGGUCCGCCGUGAGCCGCCUCCUUAUUCUCGCUCUGAUCGACACAACGAUGAACCUGGAUUUAGAAUUCGUGCAGGUUCUAGUUCUCCUGUUCGUCGUAGGGAUGCAGAUCACCGUUAUGGUUCCAAUUUUGAUCGCUCAGGUGGCCCUCCAAGAAGUCGUGAUUUUGGUAACGGAAGGGAUCCUGGCAGAUAUCGAGACUCUUCACCUCCAUAUAGUCGAGGACCAGGUGGUGGCAGGCAACACGGUAGCAGAGGUUUUGAUGGGACUGGAUAUGGUCCUGGACCUUUCAGAGGUGAAGGCAUGACUAGAAAUAAUCCUAAUGUGCGCCCUAGGGAAGGAGACUGGAUAUGUCCUGAUCCUUUAUGUGGAAACUUAAACUUUGCAAGGAGAGAGUACUGUAACAACUGCAGGAGAUUUCGCUAUGCACCAGUGGGAAGUCCUCGUGGAGGCUACCCUGGUCCGCCACCUUUGCAUGCUCCUCCCAGGCGCUUUCCUGGCUCUCCCAUAGAUCUCUCUCCGCCUGGCCGAAAUAUGAAUGGCUUUAGAUCUCCUCCUCGUGGUUGGGCUAGGGAUGGCCCCAGAGACUUUGGAGCUGGUGGUCCACCACCUUCCAGGCAUGAAGGCAGGUUUUCUGAUCAUAGCAUGCGUAGAGAUCGACUGGAUUAUCUAGAUGAUGACUACAGGGGGAGGAGUAGAUUUGUCAGGCCAAUGCCAAUGGAUUGGGGACAUAGAGAUCGUGGAAGGGAUAACUUCUUCAAUGAAAGGAAAGGGUACGAGAGGCGACCACCAUCUCCACCUCCACCUCCUCCUUCACAGCUUCCUCCCCGAGGCAGAUGGCCGCGUGAUAUGAGAGAGAGGAGCAGAUCACCAAUCAGGGUUGCACCUCCACCAAAAGAAUAUCGUCGAGAUAUGUACUUGGAACGAGGACGAGAUGAUCGACGUGGUGUGGGACGAGACAGAAUGGGAGAUGCAUAUUAGCAAGAGUAGAAUUUUUAAUAUUGGUUACAUGGAACUUGUGUUUCUUGUAAAUUGAGGGAAGUGUUGAGAGGACAUGUAGGCUUAAUUCUCAGCGCUUUGCUUAUGAUUCCCUUUCCUCCGAAACAUUUGGUAAAUCUGUGAGAGUUUGACCGUUAAAUUCAUUCUCUUUUGCGUCUCGUUCUUUAGUAUUGUGCUUGUAGACUUGAGAGAAGAAAUUUCUGUUUUGUGUAGUGUUGUUCUUCUUCAAGUGGAAGAGAUUGGAGGCUGUGCUUUCUGUCUUACUCUUACCCAAACCAGACAUUUCAAUUUGACUUGGUUGACUAAGUCAUUAUAACAAAUACUAUCACCUCUCUUUAACCAA